GAGAGCUUCUCAUUGUACCUGAACUGCUGUGGAAAGUCUAGAAAGAUGACAUCGGAGACCAAACAGUCAAUUUUUAAAGGAGUGAAUCUCAACUGUGAGACAAACAACACAGAACAUGGCACCAAAAAAAUCUCAAAGGAUCAGCUGAUUGUGAGGCGAGGCCAGCGGUUCACCGUGAAAGUUGAACUGACACAGCCGUUCAACCCCAAUCUUUACCCGCUCACCUUUACAGCAGUAACAGGAGAAAAUCCAUCUGAGGACCUGGGAACAAAGUCAUGCUUUGGUAUGCCAGACAGAAUCCAGCGUUCGCCAUCAGCAAAGGCAGUGUGGAAAGUGGAGCUAGAGAAGGGAUCCAACCCACCAACAGGCUCCUUGAAUUUGACCAUUACCCCCCCAGCUGACACUCCAAUCGGAAAGUACAACUUAACCGCCAGACAUAGGGAUGAGGAAACGUUGUUGGCAGAACUGGUUGUGCUCUUCAAUCCCUGGUGUUCUGAUGAUUCAGUGUUUAUGCAGGAUGAGAAAGAGAGACAGGAGUUUGUGAUGAAUGAACGUGGUAUAAUCUACAAAGGAAGUGGGAACUACAUCACAUCUAUUAACUGGGACUUUGGGCAGUUUGAAGAGGACAUGAUGAAGAUUUGUCUUAAGAUGUUGGAUGUCAACCCCAAACACCUGGCAAAUGCAGCUAAUGACGUUUCUGCUCGCUGUAACCCCAUCUACGUCAGCCGUGUGGUCAGCGCCAUGAUCAACAGUAUGGAUGACUGUGGUGUCCUGGAGGGACGGUGGUCAGCUCCAUUCUGGGGUGGAACUAUACCCUCUCACUGGUCUGGCAGCUAUCCCAUCCUCAAGCGUUGGUAUAACAUCGGCUGCCACCCAGUCAAAUAUGGACAGUGCUGGGUAUUUGCAGGAGUGAUGUGUUCAGUAAUGCGUCUGCUGGGCAUCCCAUGCCGUGUGGUCACCAAUUACCAGUCAGCUCACGACAGCAACAAGAAUCUGAUCAUUGAUGUGUACCAUGCUGACUAUGGAGUGAGAGAGAAAGAGACCAAGGACAGUGUCUGGAACUAUCAUGUCUGGUUAGAGUGCUGGAUGAGGCGAACUGACCUGGGAAAAGAUGGUAAAUAUGACGGCUGGCAAGUUCUGGAUCCAACGCCACAGGAGAAGAGCGAUGGUGCAUACUGCUGCGGUCCAGCCUCAGUCAAAGCCAUCCUGAAUGGAGAAACCGAUCUAAAAUAUGAUGCCCCAUUUGUUUAUGCUAUGGUCAAUGCUGACUGCAUUGACUGGCUGUGUAAAGCUGAUGGCACAAUGGUGAAUAUUUUCUCUGACACCAAGAGAAUCGGACAGAAUAUCUCCACCAAGGCUGUUGGCUCCAACACAAGGCUGGACAUCACAGACAGCUACAAGUACAAGGAAGGGUCUAAUGAGGAGAGAACUGUAUUUAGAUAUGCCCUCACCAGAGAUUACUCCAGAGAUGAAGAGGAAAAGAACAAUAGAGGGACAAAUAAUCCAAUCCAGAAUGGAGGAACAACAAGUGGAACUGGGAAUGGAGGAACAACAAAUGGAACUGGGAAUGGAGGGAGGGGAGGGAACAACACAGAGACUACAAAUAAUACAAAUGACAGCAUCCUUCCACUUCCACAAAUAUCCAUGCGAAUUGAAGAGGUAUCCAAGCCAAUGGACGGUCAGGACGUGAGUCUGAAGCUGGUGCUGAACAGUGUGAGCCGCACUGCCAGGCCUGUGUCCAUCAAUAUCAGCGUCCAGGCCAUGAGAUACAAUGGCUCACCGUUUGAAAACAUCCAGACUGAGACAAAUGAAGAGACACUGCAGCCUGGGAAAGAUCUGUCCAUUCCUAUCUUGGUCCCCUUCUUGGUGUACCACAAACACAUGGUAGGCUCUGACAGCAUGAAGAUUUCAGCUGUAGUCACAGAUAAGCUGGAGCCAGGAAAUGUAUACCUAGCAGUGAAUGAUGUCAUUCUGUUGAAUCCUCCUAUGUCCAUCACAGUUAAUGGUCCAGUGAGACUGAACCAAAGGACAGUUGCUGAAGUAGUUUUCAUGAACCCAAUCAACAAGAUGCUGACGGACUGCACUCUGACUAUCUCUGGAAGUGGUCUAGUGGAUGGGGAGGAAACAUGCAUACUUCCAAAUCUGAGGCCAAGCAACAGGAUACGUAUCCAGUUGCUCUUUUUUCCCAAGAAGACCGGAAAGAAAACUCUCAUGGCUGACUUUGACUGCUCCUCCUUCAGAGACCUCAAGUGCACCUGCACUUUUGAUGUUCUACCAUAAAACCUACCAGUUUAUUUCAGGCUUUUCAUU